GCAAAAUGUAUGUGUGUGUGUAUAAAUUGUGAAACUCUUAAACAGUAGAUAGAGAACCCUGCAGGAAACCGAAAAAAUUGAAAAAACUACAUAUUUUUGGCAUCCUUUGGACAUAAUUUAUUAAUUUUCUACAGUUAUGGGCGAUCAAGGUGGUCCAAGGAGGCCUCUCCUCAAAAUGGACUUACCACAAUCAAGCAAUAGCUCUGAGUUUCAAUAUAGACCCUUAAGUGGCGGGACCCCCACUACAGAUAAGACUCAGGCUUCAACUUCAGCCAGGCCAAAAAUGAGUUUACCCAUUACUGUUAAACCUAAGGAGCCAGUUAUCACCAGGACUCCUACCCGUCAAGUUGAUCGAAGUCGCUUAAGGGAAACCAAAUUAAAAAUAUCCCAUUCCAUGCACUCCACUGGCAAACUCCAAAUCGAAGGCAGCACAUAUGAUUUCACUUCAGAUGAUUUACAAGAUUUAGGUGAAAUUGGUCGUGGUGGUUUCGGCACUGUAAAUAAAAUGGUACAUAGAAAAUCCAGUAAAACUUUGGCAGUGAAAAGAAUAAGAUCCACAGUGGACGAAAAGGAACAGAAACAACUUCUGAUGGACCUGGAUGUUGUUAUGAAGAGUAAUGAGUGCAAUUAUAUUGUGCAGUUUUAUGGUGCCCUCUUUAAAGAAGGCGAUUGCUGGAUUUGCAUGGAACUUAUGGAUACAUCUCUGGACAAGUUUUAUAAGUUUAUCCAUGAAAAGUUGGAUCAAAGGAUACCUGAGCCCAUUUUAGGGAAAAUUGCUUUGGCAACAGUAAAAGCUUUAAAUUAUCUUAAGGAGAAGCUGAAAAUUAUUCACAGGGAUGUUAAACCCAGCAAUAUAUUAUUGGAUAAAGGAGGCAAUAUUAAGCUUUGCGACUUCGGCAUUUCUGGUCAGUUAGUAGAUUCAAUAGCUAAGACCAAGGAUGCAGGUUGCAGACCUUAUAUGGCACCAGAACGCAUUGAUCCUCAGACAGCCAAAGGUUAUGACGUCCGUAGCGACGUUUGGUCACUAGGAAUCACUUUAAUGGAAGUAGCUACCGGCCAUUUUCCAUAUACCAGAUGGUCAAGUGUGUUCGAUCAACUUCACGAAGUCGUGAAUGGAGAUCCUCCGCGAUUAUCUGCGAAUGCCAACAUGUUCACUAGCGAAUUCGUGGAUUUCGUCCAUACUUGCCUGAUCAAACAGGAGAACCUUAGACCGAAAUACAACAAAUUGUUACAAGAUCCGUUUAUUUUAAGGGCGAUGAAGGAGAAAGUGGACGUGGCCGCUUACGUUACUAAAAUCAUGGACGAAAUGGCUAAUAACGGCAUUAGUGCAUUUACGACAAAUUUACAAUGAAUUUCCGAUUCGUUGUAAAUUUGUUUUGUUUUUUUUUCUUUUAAAGCAGCGUAAAUUGUGAGGUUGUGGCUGGAAAAGUUGUUUUCAGGUGGUCCUCCCAACAAGCGACAAAAAACAUCACCUGAACUCAAACUUUUUCAAGCAACAGUUACACAUCAGCAAUAGUUAAAAUUAUUAUUUUUUUAAAUUAAUUCGGUCUGUAUAGUUUGUAGCAUCGAUGUCUGUCUGUAAAUACCAUCUAUAAAUAGUUUUUUUUUGUUAAUAAUUAAGAAUACGCCCGCUCCAAGCUAACAAUGGAGUUUAAUAGUUAAGUGUUGACUUUUUAGCCGGUAAUAACCUGUUAUAUUGUAUUGUUGAAUGUUCUUAUAGGUCAAAUUCUGCCUUAUUGUAGCACUAACAAAAAUUAAAAAGGUGGAAGUUUUUUUUUUAAAGGUCUGCUCUUAAUUAGACUGAGUAGGUUUAAAUAUACACCAUUAUUAGUUAUGUCCGAAUAGUUAUAUAAAAUUCAGAAAAAUCUCAAUUAUUUAACAAGUUUUUUUAUAGUGUAUAUUACAGAAUAUAGCAUUUUUAAGAAAAUCAUCAGUUUUUGACUGAUUUAUUUAAUGUUUCUAUUCAGGUUCUUGUCUUGGCACUUUCAUAGAUCUUAAUUAUGUUGUUCUUAUUUUGGGAUAUUUAUCAUUGCUUCGAAGCUGUUGAAUUAACUUUUGUUGCUUAUUUCAGUUCUUUUUUUCUAAAUUUAAUCAGAAUUAAAGAAAAUCUUUGUUCUCAACUGCUUGAGAGAUAAUGAUGAAAACGUUUUUCUUGUGGCAAUAAUUAGCAAUUUAUUUAUUUUUUCCAGGAAGACAAAAAUAAUAGCUUGGAAUUAAAUUUUUAGUUAAAAAAAUAGUUUUUAUCCAAAUGUUUUUCAAUUUUCUCUUUCUUUAAUUUUCCAUCUACAACAAGUUGAAAUGUUACCAAUGAUAACCAGUUUUUCCCCCAAAAUAGUGUUAAAAGUCCCCAAAAAUUGACUCUAAACUCCCUAUAGAUAACAUUUUUCAUAUUAUAGUGCUGAUUUUAAGUGUAAUACUUUGUGUACGUCUUUUUUUUGCUUUUUUAAUUGGAAACUAUAAAUAAUUUAUUGUAAUGUUGGGAAGUAAAUAAGCAAUUCUUUUUAAAAACAAGUCAUUUUCCAGUUUUUACUCAAAUGUAUUUCAAUUUGCUCUUUUUCUAUUUACCGCCUUUGAACAAGUUCCUAUAUCACCCACAAUAAUAAGUUUUCUCCAUAAAACAUGGCGUUAAAAGUCCCCAAAAUUGACGCUUCACUUGAUUCAUUUCACAUAUGAUAUUGCAGAUUUUAACUGACUUAAGACCGUCAAAGAACAAAUAAUAGUUUGUAAAGCUUGUAAGUAAAUAUGUAAUUUUUUUUAAAUCAAGUCCUUAAUUUCCAGUUUUUAUCCAAAUGUCUUUCAAUUGGCCCUUUCCGUCAUUUUUUAUUUACUAAACUUUAACAAGUUGCAAUGUGACCAACAAUAACCAGUUUUCCCUCCAAAAAUUAAAUCCCUUGCAUUAAAAGGCCUUAAAAUUUAUGCUAAACGCUCUUAAGAUUGCAUUUGUCAUAUUAUACUGGAGUUUUUAACUAUAGGUUUUUAUGCGCUUUUGUUGUUGCUCUUUUCAUGGAAAAUUAUAAAUAAUUUAUUGCUUCUUCCAGGCAGCCAAAGAGUCAAAUAAUAGCUCGGGAUGCCUAGAAGUAAAUUUGUAAUUAUUUUAUAAAAAAUUACUGGCAAAAUCCAUUUUUUGCACGUUUUAAAGCAAUUUUUGCAAAAAUUAAUUCUGUAAGCUACACAUAAAAAACAAACACGAAACUAAAAAUUUUAAGGACCUUAGACUGUGAAUUGUAGUGGUAACCGUAACGUCCUAAACUAAAUUACAAAAUAGUUUCACGAAACUUUACUAAAAAGUUCCAGUGAAACUUAUAUAAGAAUAUUUUGGAUAAAUGCCCUUAGAACAGUAGUGUAUUUAAAAAAAAAUAUUUUUUUCCUAGGUCAUAUUGACAGUCUUAAACAUAACGUUUAAUGAAGUUUACCCAUAAAAAAAUUAUUGUAAAUAAGAAACAACUUGUUCGAAACGCGAACAGCAAGGCGGUUUUUAUUUGUUUUAUUAUUAUACAUAUUUAUUUACUUUUUAAGGGGUUAUAUAAAACGCAUAUAGUUAACUGACUAAAACAAGCAAUAUACACAUUAUUACCAUAUAUUUGUUCUGUACAUGUCUUUGCCCCCUAUUAUUAUUAUUAUAUUAUAAUUGUACAAUAUUUAGUAAGUAAUAUACAAGUUUUCUUAUACACUUAA